UGCUGGAGAGAUGGGGGCUAAAUGUUCUCAACUAAGAAGAAAAACCAGAAGAAAAGCAACAUCUCAGGCUUCCAUAUAUGCAAACAGCUGUGGCCUAAUAACCCAGACAGGCCAGCAAGUUCCUCUGAAGAGUGUGGAGGUGGAGGUGCAGGUGAAGGGGCAUGUUGCCACGGUAACGUCCACCCUGCAGUACGUGAAUAAGGAGAAGCUUCCAUUGGAGGCCCUGUUUGUGUUUCCAUUACCUGCAGAAGCAGCUCUCUGUCACUUCAGUGCCAAGAUCGCCAACCAGGAGGUGGUGGCCGAGGUGCAGGAGAAACAGAAGGCACGUGAGGACUAUGAUGAUGCGAUAAGUUCAGGUCAGCAGGCAUUUCUAUUGGAGGAGAGCGAUGCGAGCCCAGAUAUUUUUCGGCUGGCUGUGGGGAACCUGCCUCCUAAAGAAAACGCUGCUGUGACUCUCAUCUACGUCAUUGAGCUGGCUGUGCAGGCAGAUGAUGGUCUGCGCUUCUGUCUGCCAGCAGUGCUCAACCCACGAUAUGCACCCAGCAACAUCGAUGCAAGUAAUGUGCCCGAGGUAACAGCUGUUCCUGCAAUUAAGGUGUCUUAUACUCUGUCCCUUAGUGUCCACAUCAUCUCUCCCAUCCCUGUUUCUAAAGUAGAGUCCAGCUGCUCUCUGGAACCACUGAUCUACCUCAACACAGCUCAGACUCAGGCAAAGGUGAGUCUCUCUCCAGGACACAAGUUCGACAGGGAUGUGGAGAUGUUGCUUUAUUACCAAGAUGCCCAUCAGCCCACUGCCAUAGUAGAGGCAGGACUUCCGAACGCCAAACCAGGUUCUCUGAUGGGCGACUCCGUCGUCAUGGUUAGUCUGUACCCAGAGUUCCCUCCAGAGGUGGCAUAUACUUUUGGGAAACGUGGAGAGUUUAUUUUCCUAAUGGAUCAGUCAGGCAGUAUGAGCGGGUCCUCGAUCAAGAGCGCCCGGGAAACUCUUCUCCUGCUGCUGAAGAGUCUUCCCCUGGGCUGCUACUUCAACAUCUACGGCUUUGGUUCUGACUUCAAGUCCUUUUUCUAUAAGAGUGUGGAAUACACUCAGCAGACGAUGGAGGAGGCGAUGAAGAAAGUGGAGGCUAUGAACGCGGAUAUGGGUGGGACAGAGAUUCUGAAACCACUGCGGCACAUCUAUGGUCAAGAAUGCCUUCCAGAUCAUCCCAGACAGGUGUUUGUUUUCACUGACGGAGAGGUCUUCAACACCAAAGAGAUCCUGGACCUGGUCAGAACUCACUCUAGAUCCCACAGGUGCUUCACCUUCGGCAUUGGUCAGGGAGCCAGCACUGCACUGAUCACUGGAAUGGCUACAGAAGGACGCGGCAUUGCCCAGUUCAUCACAAGCGAUGACCGACUGCAGCUCAAAGUGAUGCAGUCCCUCAGCCUCGCCCUGCAGCCCUCUGUUGUUGACAUCUCUGUGCAAUGGACCCUUCCAGAGGGCGUGUCCGUCACUGCUUUGUCUCCUCCCCUCAAUGUUAUCCUUCAGGGUCAGAGGGCACUUCUGUACGCUCAGGUCACAGGAGAGAGCUCUGAGAACGAUGAAGGAAGUGUCACUGUGCACUAUGGUCUGGCAGAGCAACCAAUGACAAACCAGCUCAGCUUCUGCCUUAAACCUUCUGGGGACACAGGGCUGGGGAUUCAUAGGCUGGCCGCUCGUUCCUUGAUCCGAUCUCUGGAAAUGGAGCAGAGGGAAAAGAAAGAUGAAAGCUUAAGAGAAAAGGUGGUGGAGCUCAGUGUGCAGGCGGGAGUGAGCAGCGCUUUCACUGCUUUCCUCGCCGUCCACAAGGGCAGCGGACAGCCAGUGAGAGGACCACUGGUGAGGAGGACAGUGCCAGUGGCACAAGCAUGUGGAGGUGGAUUCCAAAUGGCUAGACGGGGAAGUCAAACUGAGCCCUGGCGUGGUGCAUUACCCCCAGAUGAAUGGGCAUCACUAGCAGGAAGUGACUAUGAAACUGGUCUAGGUCCAACUGAAGAUGACUAUCCGGAUUAUAUAUGUUGUGGGAGUGACUCUCCACCAGGAGGUAAAUACCAAGAUGUUCUAGGGGAAAGUCCACCUGAAGAUGGCUAUUGUGAUGGUAUACUUUUCCCAAGCAAAUUUCCACCAGGAGGUAAAUACCAAGAUGUUCUAGGGGAAAGUCCACCUGAAGAUGACUUUUGUGAUGGUUUACUUUUCCCAAGCAAAUAUCCACCAGUCCCACCAGCCCAGAAGGACCCCUACUUGGAGCUGCUCUCUCUCCAGAAAGCUGCAGGGUUCUGGGAGUUGGAGACUCGACUUCUGGAUCUGUUUGGCAAGGCAGAGCAGAAUCUGGACAAGCAGAUGCCGGCCCAGGUGGACAGUGCAGUGUGGGCCACUGUUCUGGCUCUGAUUUGGCUCCACGGCUUCAGCGCAGAUAAACAGGAAGAGUGGAAGUUCAUUGCCUUGAAGGCCACAUCCUGGAUCCGUUCUCAGAAAGUGGGGAACCUGUCUGAAUGCGUCCAGGCUGGAAAUGCUUUGCUGGGUUGUCAGGUGAAGGAAGAGAGUCUUGGACUUUGAGCUCCUCCUGCAUUCUGACGUAUGGCUGUCCACCACACUUACCUCUCCAUUCCUGGACUCAUAACCACACAAAGAUCCAUUCUUGCUGGAACUGGUUGUUUCAAAUAAAAUGUAUCCAUAAUUGCUUCACCAAAUUAUAAAAAGCUGCAGGUUUCUUUGUUGAUGUUGACAGCAUGACUGCUCGCAUUUCACUUAGUAGCCAUGCGAAUCUAAUUGAGCCAAAGCUUUCUGCUUUUGCUAUUUGUACCA